CGUCGUGUCCCGAAGUGAACCUUUUUUUAACCAGCUCAGCUCUACCUGAAUGAGAAUUGGCUUGUACAAUAACCAACAACUACAAUGGUGGUGAUGGAUAACUACUGAAAAGUGUAUCCUUCAACAAGUUGAUUACAGUGGGCCGAUAGUCAUUUUGCAUGCAUCUGGUCGGUAAUUAAAUAGUUCUCAACUUUACAUGUGUAGACGAUACCGGCACAAUAUAGUGCUUGUCUGGCGUAGGCAAGGUGUCACUGUAGAGUGGAGAAGGCAGAAACUCCGGGCGUGGCCAGAGCAGCGGCUUGUGGAGCUUUCUGCAGAGGCUCUCCUAGCUGGAGAGAAACCGUAGUAGUCAGCAGCUCGGAGCGGCUGAAGAACGACUCAUCGUAGCAGCUACGUGAGCUGUUAGCAUAGCGUAUUAGUCUUAUAUGAGUGCGUGGAAACUGAACUUGAAAAGUCUGAGACAGCGGCUUGCUUCAAGGCCUGAUAAAGUUUUCACGAAGGGCGUUAGGAUUUCCAACUCGUACCGAACAUUUUGUUUAGCAAAAUCGGCUUUAUCUAGAAAUCCCGAACCGUACAGGGCUAUUUAACAUAGAAAACGGUGGGUAGAUUUGAGUAAGUGAAUUCAAAGGGAACAUCGUUAGAAGAGGCUUGUGAGGUUGAGUUAUACAAGUUUUGUGCACAACUCAUCAUUCUUCAACUAUGCCGCGUGAAUGUAUUUCCGUGCACGUGGGUCAGGCUGGUGUCCAGAUGGGCAAUGCCUGUUGGGAACUUUACUGUCUCGAGCAUGGUAUCCAACCCGAUGGCCAGAUGCCAUCGGACAAGACGCUAGGAGCCGCGGACGACUCGUUCAAUACGUUUUUCUCCGAGACUGGAAGUGGAAAACACGUACCGCGAGCGGUUUACGUCGAUCUGGAGCCUACCGUCGUCGAUGAGGUCCGCACUGGCACGUACCGCCAGCUGUUCCAUCCUGAACAGUUGAUUACGGGUAAGGAGGAUGCCGCGAACAACUAUGCACGUGGUCAUUACACGAUUGGAAAAGAGAUCGUCGAUCUUGUGCUGGAUCGAAUCCGCAAACUCGCCGACCAGUGUACUGGCCUUCAGGGAUUUCUGAUCUUCCACUCGUUCGGAGGGGGAACUGGAUCCGGAUUUACUUCGCUGCUCAUGGAGCGUCUCUCUGUCGAUUACGGCAAAAAGUCGAAACUUGAGUUCUCGAUUUACCCCGCGCCCCAGGUGUCGACGGCUGUUGUUGAGCCAUACAACUCAAUCCUGAAUACUCAUACAACGCUGGAACAUUCGGACUGCGCAUUCAUGGUGGACAACGAGGCGAUUUACGACAUCUGUCGCCGGAAUCUCGAUAUCGAGAGGCCGUCCUACACGAAUCUGAACCGGCUGAUCGGUCAGAUCGUCUCCUCGAUCACGGCCUCGUUACGAUUUGACGGUGCGCUCAACGUUGACUUGACUGAGUUCCAAACCAACCUUGUGCCUUACCCAAGAAUACACUUUCCAUUGGCCACCUACGCUCCGGUUAUCUCCGCCGAUAAGGCUUAUCACGAGCAGAUGUCCGUGUCGGAAAUCACAAACGCCUGUUUCGAGCCGCAGAACCAGAUGGUGAAGUGCGACCCCCGAGCCGGCAAGUACAUGGCAGUAUGUCUUCUAUACCGUGGCGACGUCGUGCCCAAGGACGUGAAUGCGGCAAUUGCCACGAUUAAAACCAAACGUACAAUUCAGUUUGUCGACUGGUGUCCCACAGGCUUCAAGGUCGGCAUCAACUACCAGCCUCCAACGGUAGUGCCUGGUGGAGACCUCGCUCGGGUUCAACGUGCCGUCUGUAUGCUGUCCAACACAACGGCCAUUGCCCACGCCUGGGCUCGCCUCAACCACAAAUUCGAUCUAAUGUAUGCUAAGCGUGCCUUUGUUCACUGGUAUGUUGGCGAGGGUAUGGAGGAGGGCGAGUUUUCGGAGGCCCGUGAAGACCUGGCUGCCCUUGAGAAAGAUUAUGAAGAGGUCGGCACCGACUCAAACCAGGAUGACGGCGAAGGCGACGGCGAUGAAUAUUGAAGACGAAGAUCAAGGCAAGGGGCAACGGCAGUAGAAUUCGGUGGUGGUAGUUUUGUAAUAGUUUAAUCGUAGCUGCCGGGGGCUCCCUUGAAAUUUAGGGACAAGGUCCCGUCCUAACAACGCUAAGGAGACUCUUCCAAGCAGAGAGAAAAAGGCAGAAAUAUUCGUUCGUGCUUUUCAUAUCGCCACGGCUGAGCUAUAGCACAUCUGACAAGCGGUAGAUAUUGUCAUACUAUACUAUUGCAAUAAAUGGCCAAUCAGUCCUGUACCUACAUUCAGAGGGAAGGUGUAACGCAAUAUACACUAGGUGUGUCCGCUCUAGCUAAAUAUUUCCUACUAUUAUCAAAAUGAAUGUGUUGCUAUUAAAUAAAUUACAAUUGCAGUAUUAUUUAUUUGCUUUUGGGAAAUAAAUCAAUGCUAUUGAGGCAGUCUCGCUAAAUUUCUCAUACGUCGUAAAGUCAACACAGAGCAAAAAUAAAACAUGAAAUUGUCGUAUCUUCUAAUAUUCA